AUGGCCAACCGCGAAAUUUACAGUGGACGUUUCUUCCUGGACCUUACCGUUGGACUUGUCCAAACAUUGAAGAAUAUUUCGAAGGUAAGGGACGUCGAAGCCAAAUCUUACGUGCCUUGCCAAACUGCCCAAAUCAAUGCGUGGGAAGCGGCAAACGGUGUUCGUUUGCCCUCCGAUAUGAAAAAAUUCUACCAGUCGACGGAUGGACUAAAUGUACAGUGGACUUAUCAGUACUCAAAAUUAGAAACACAUCGUGUAGGACAUCUCAAAAUUCCACGAUUGGCUGAACUUCGAAAUCUUAAGUUAAACAUACCGGAGAAAGUGUUUGAAAUUGACAGUAUCGGGGACGUGGCUAAAAUUUAUCUAGUUUAUCUGACGUCUGGCAUAACCAUCCCUAAAAUUUAUCUUGUGGAAAGUGCGAACAUGAAAGGGCAUCUUUUGGCUGACUCGUUUGCGACAUAUUUUCGCAUGAGCAUCGCUCAUCUCGGGCUGCCACACUGGCAAUUGGCCUUUGCUAGCUGUGGUCUACCGGGAUGGGCCGAACAACUGUUUCUCCUAUUGGCACCACAUCUCCUGGAUAGAGACGAUACGCCUCCUAGACCAAACCAAAUUGUUUAUAACGUGCUAGAUCCGGACAUAUUUCUCCCACAUCCAAUACGGACAGACAACAUCGUGAGAGUCCUUUGCAAAGCCAAAAAAAUUAAAAAAUAUUCUUAA